AUGCUGACUCCUUGCACCCUGCGUAGAUGCUGUCCCGUGUGCCGAUCACGGCUGAACAUCACGAAAGUAAUACCGCUGUAUGGACGAAACAGUGAGGUACAGGCUGCCAACGGUGAAAUGGCGCCGCGCCCUCUGCCACAGCGGUUGGAGCCGAGUCCGUCAAAUGGAUCGCUCUAUUUCGGCUUCCUACUUGGCUUUCAAACAUCACUCGGCUAUGGCAGCUUUCCGAUUGAGACUCUCGCAUCCGCUCUGAAUUUAAACGAUGAGCAGGCGCUGUUUCUAUUUUUCGGUCUCUUUUGCCUCGGCUGGCUGAUGUUCUAA